UGGCUCUUAGCGCAUGUAUGACAUAUAGUCUUUUUUAUAUGAUAUUUAUGACUACAAUAUCAUAACAUAGGACUGUAUUUGAAAUAGUAUCGUUGUGUGCGAUUAUAUGACCUGUCUGUCAUUUCCAUAGUUGGAUUAUUAGGAACAAAAUCUGGAUUGCAAGCAGUGUAUGGAAACGACGUUAUACUAUUGAGCAUCAGAAUGGAGGAGACGAGCCGUGAGGCGGUUGCCACAGCAGUCCAGCGUGUGGCUGGAAUGCUGCAGAGAUCGGACCAGUUGGACAAAGUGGAGCAGUACAGAAGAAGAGAGGCCAGAAAGAAAGCCUCUGUUGAAGCAAGGCUUAAGGCAGCCAUUCAGUCUCAACUGGAUGGUGUUCGCACUGGACUAACUCAACUGCACAGUGCCCUGCUCGACGUGAAGGACAUCCAGAGCUCGUUGGCAGAUGUGAGCAAAGACUGGAGGCAGAGCAUCAACACAAUAGAGAACCUAAAAGAUGUCAAAGAUGCUGUAGUUCAACAUAGUCAGCUGGCCUCCGCUGUGGAAAACCUUAAAAAUAUUUUCUCAGUCCCAGAGAUUGUGGCAGAGACCCAGCAGCUGAUAGAGCAGGCAGAGCUGCUUCAGGCCCACAGGAAGCUGAUGGAGCUGGAGAGCUCCAGAGACGACCUCAUGUAUGAGCAAUACCGUAUGGACAGCAAGAACACCAAUGACAUGCGUCUUAUUGUUAUGUACUUUGAAGAUGUUCAGCAGUUAUCUGAUGAGCUUGCCAAACAGUUGUGGAUGGUUCUGCAGAGGGCCAUGGUUACAGUCCGCCGUGACCCUACUAUGCUGGUGUCAGUGGUUCGUAUCAUUGAGCGUGAGGAGAAGAUCGACCGGCGUAUGGUAGACCGGAAAAAACAGACAGGCUUCAUCCCGCCUGGACGGCCCAAGAAAUGGAAAGACAAAAUGUUUGAAGUGUUGGAGGGGACUGUUAGCACCCGCAUUGAGGGCACUCAGGCAGUGACAAGAGAAGCUGAUAAAAUGUGGCUUGUUCGUCUCCUGGAGAUAACUAGAAAAUAUGUUUUAGAUGACCUCAUUAUUGUCAAGAACCUCAUGGUUCAGUGCUUUCCGCCACAUUAUGACACCUUCAACAGAUUUUUCAGCCUUUACCACAAUGCUGUUUCCACUCGUGUCAAAGAACUUGCAUCUGAGGACUUAGAGGCAAAUGAGAUCGUGUCCAUGUUAACCUGGGUCCUUAAUACCUACAAGAGUGCAGAGAUGAUGGGCCAUCCAGAGCUUAGUGCUGAGUGUGACAUCAACCAGCUAGAGCCACUCUUACCCCAGUAUGUUGUGGAUGACCUGCUCAGCAAAUAUGUCCAGACUUUCACAUCUAAUAUUACGGGCUGGCUGAGAAAAGCCCUUGAAACGGACAAGAAGGACUGGCAGAAAGAAACGGAGCCUGAAGCAGAUCAGGAUGGAUACUACCAAACCACACUACCUGCCAUUGUCUUUCAGAUGUUUGAACAGAACCUGCAAGUAGCUGCUCAGAUCGAUGAGGACUUCAAAGAGCAGGUUCUCAAACUUUGUCUGAAGCAAAUGUCCUCAUUCCUCAUGAGAUACAAAGAAGAGGCAGUGGCCUAUAAGGAGGAACACCUGAGAGAUCGACAGUUGCCUCAGUGUUAUGUGCAAUACAUGAUUGCCAUCAUAAAUAACUGCCAGACAUUCAAAGAGUCCAUCAAUAGUCUAAAGAGAAAAUACUCUCAGUUGUCUGGGCCGUCUGACAGUGAUGCCAUCAUAGAGAGGACACUCAACGAGGUGGCCAAGGAGGGAUGUCAAUUCCUCUUAGAUGAAGUCUUCUUGGACCUUGAGCAUCACCUCAAUGAGCUUCUCACCAGAAAAUGGCUGACAGGCUCUCAUGCGGUGGACACAAUCUGUGUGACAGUGGAGGACUACUUUAAUGACUUUAACAAAAUAAAAAAACCCUUCAAUCAAGAAAUGACAAAUGAAGCCCUCCGAAGGGUUGUGGUCGACUACAUUAAGGCAGUGAUGCAAAAGAGGAUCACCUUCAGGAAUGCGGAUGAAAGGAGGGAAGGAGCUGAGAGAAUGAUCAAAGAGGCUGAACAGUUCAAGUUCCUUUUCAGGAAACUGGCUGCUGGAGAAGACACUGAUCGGCUCUGUGGCGCCAUCGUGGCUAUUGCUGAAGUGUUCAAGCUAACUGACCCGACAUUGCUCUUUCUUGAGGUCUCUACCUUGGUCUCCAAAUACCCUGACAUUAGGGAGGAGCAUAUCCAGGCGCUGUUAGCGGUGCGCGGCGAUGCCAGCAGGGAUAUGCGCCAGAUGAUUAUCGGAACUCUCAGCGAGAACAAAGUAUCUUACGGCGGCGUCACACAACCCAUCUUUAAAGACAUCACAGUGCCCACCAUCACCAUGACGACCAUGACUACAAUGACUUCUAUGGCAACUGCAAAGCUGCUGAAGUAAACCCCAUUUUAGCAUUUAGUCCUUCAGAAAAGAUUUUCUCUUCAAGAUUCUCUAACAGUCGUACCUUUCUGUGUUUAUUUCCUGUAUAAUCACCAUGUUGAUGCCAUUUGUGCUUUAAAAAAUAAUAAAUAUAUGAUUGCAAAAUCAACUGUCCAAAUGGAAGUCAUUCAACUGAAAAUUAAAUAAUAAUUGAGGACUUAGACUAUUUCAACCACUUUAUUUUUUUUGCAUUUUCAAGUAAUUAUGUAUAUUUUGAGUAUGAUAAAGUAAAAAUUCGGAAUCUCUUACAUCUUUUUCAUUUUAAUGUAUAGAUGAAUUAGUGCUGUGCAAAAAUGUGUGGUGUAAAAAAAGUUUGUGCUAUGUGCAGGGUUUGAGAACUGUUUCCAUAAAUAGCCCAUUGGUUGAGAUUGCUUUUGCUGUGAUUAAAAAAUGUACAGUAUUUGCAGUUUGUACAAAGCAAAUACCCAACCAAAAUGCACAAAAACUUAGUAUGUUAAAAAUACAUUUCCGUGCGCAAUGGAUUCAGCAUGCUGUCGAGCGAGUCACCUAGACAUAUACUGUGAAUAUAAUAUGUACAGCGCACAUGUUGCUCCUGGUGCUGCGUCACCAGUAGGUGGAUGGCGAGAUAGUGUAAAGCGCUUUGAGCGCCUUGAAAGGUGGAAAAGCGCUAUAUAAGUAUAACACCAUUUACCAUUUACAAAAACAACAAAUGUCAAUUGUAGUACCUGUGGAUGAUCUAUGGGAGGAUGUGAUAGAAAUGUCCCGAGUGAAUUUCUGUGAAUGUGAGCGAGUCUCGUCUUUAAUCUUCUCUUCAUUUUCUUUGUCUGGAAGUUUUGGCCCGCUUGCCUUUCUUUAGCCGCCGGCAUUUCACUGGACUCUCAUUAGAUUUUUUUUAUGGUUUAAAAACUACUUUAAAAAAUAAUACAUUCAUUUGCACUUUUGUUUACUGCAUAUUUUUUUGUACUUUCCAUGUAUUUCUUUGAUCAAAUCAUUUUAUUAUUGCUAUUUUCAAUUGUGCUAGUCAUUUCAGUCUAUCCAGUGUUUUUCAAGCUUUUCAACCUUGCAUGGGUUGAUGUAGUUCUUACAGAGGCGUCAAAUGUAUGAUCUGCAGGCCGGAAGCAGCCCACCAGUGGCUCAUAUCCGGCCCACAGGGGUUUUGCCAGACAGGCACAUUGUACCUCACUCAUACUGUAAAUAAAAAAAUCUCAUGCUUUUAUUUUGACAUUUACGCCAUAAAACUGAAGAUUUGUGGUUUCUGUGAUCAAGUGCGCGCACUACUGCACUUGGCUCACUUUCAUGUCCGCAGUUACAUUAAUGCAUUCACCCCCAAGGUCAAAAUGGAUUGGAUAUCUUAUCACCAUCAAUGGCAGCCAAUGAGCUAACAAGGAGUUGACCCAAAAAUGAACCCAAACCAACAGGAAGUGACACCAAAUCAACAGGAAGUAACCAGAAAAUGCCCCCCAAUAAACAAGGAGCAGACUAGAAAUGCACGAAAAAUUAACAGGAAGUAGCCUGUAAAUAUCUUAAAAUGACAGGGAAGUGAUGGAAAAUAGAUGUCCAAAUCACUUAAACUGGACGGACUUGCUGUGAAUGCUCAUCUUCCAGUGCCAUUGACGACGCUUUAUGUCCAAUCUAUUUUGACUGGGAGGGGCGAAUGAAUUAAUAUGAGUUAAUUUAUUCAACAUAAUAAUUUUCAGAUCCUCUUAAAAUAACGACCUAUAUCAUGUUUUUACAAUUUUCACAAAACACAAACAGAUUGACUGAAAUGUGUCAUAUACAUAUAUGAUAGGGCUGUCAAACGAUUAAAAUUUUUAAUCGAGUUAAUCACAGCUUAAAAAUAAAUUAAUCGUAAUUAAUUGCAAUUCAAACCAUCUCUAAAAUAUGCCAUAUUUUUCUGUAAAUUAUUGUUGGAAUGGAAAGAUAAGACAAGACAGAUAUAUACAUUCAACAUACUGUACAUAAGUACUGUAUUUGUUUAUUAUAACAAUAAAUCCACAAGAUGGGAUUAACAUUAUUAACAUUCUUUCUGUGAAAGGGAUCCAUGGAUAGAAAGACUUGUAAUUCUUAAAAGAUAAAUGUGAGUUUGUAUAUUGUGACUAAAUAUUGCCAUCUUGUGUAUUUGUUGAGCGAAACAAAAUGUUUGACUAGAGUUUGACAAAAGUCUGAGUAUUAUUUUGCAUAGCUAUUUUGAUUGGGAAUGCCAGUUCUCUUUGCAUUGAGCGCUUUUCUUUUUGUGAACAUUAUUUUUUUUUUGAGCCAUAGGAAUAU